UUUUUGUUUAAAUUCAUUUCUUUGAACUAUCAAUUGGAUAAUUAUUUUGCCCAAUUUGAUUACCAUCGAGUGUAAAAAUGUCCCCAAAAGCUCUUGGAACGGCGGUUGUUGGCAAGGUCAAGAAUGCGCUAGAUUAUGAUUCCCACACAUAUUCUGUGACUCCUAAUGGAGAGGAUGAAAGUUUUCUUUCCUUAGGUGGAAUGGGUCUAUCCGGCGAUGACAACUACGACACAGAAAAACUUUCCAAACAGCAAGAGUACCGAGGAAGCUCAUCCAGACGCUGGUGGAAUUGCUCUACCGUCAUUGCCAUAACAUCAAGUAUCCUAGCAGCCACUCUCCUCUUUGCUCUUGCUGCACUGCUCGACCGCAAACCAACUAUCAACUAUAUCCCAGCAAUCACGCCUGACCUGAAACCAGGAGGAUGGCCCUUAGUAGAAGCAGGCGACACCAUUAUCGUAGACUGUGGAAAUAGUCCAGCAGAGGCCCUAGAGAAAGGCUGUGUAUGGGAUCUCAUGUCUUUUUCGUGGACACAUCCCGCAUGCUACAAUAAGAACAUCUCGGAUGAAUUUCUAGAGUUAUAUGGGCCGUGGAAAUGGUAUUCAAAUACCAACAAAAAACCAGGAUACGAGCUCACGGAAAAUGAGUUGCCAUGGGUUACAUCUGUGACAGCGGAGACCGAUAUUCCAAUGGUGUGGACACAGGAGCAUUACCACAUUGCUCAUUGCGCUUAUAUCUUCAAGCUCUUGCACAUUGCUGCAAUGAGUGGACACCUUGUUACAAAUGAAGGGAUAGGAAUGUUUCAUACAGACCACUGCGUUAGUGUAUUCUUGGAUCCUGAGAGGGUAGAGUUUGAAAAGGUCACCACAAGAGUUCAAUUACUUUUUGGAAAGUGUGUUAGGAUUAGAGAUGUUAAUUAAUACGGCGUGAUCGAUAUGGAGCGUAAGGAAAUAUUAUAGUACAGUAAAUCAUGGUUAACCAAGUCCAAAUUUCAAUUUCAUUCUGAUAUAUCCUUUUAUGUGGGAUGUCGUGUAAUAUCGCCCAAUCUUGUCUUCCU